GUUCAAAGAAAAUGGCAGCUUCCAGAGGAGAAUCAACGUGAUUUUACACCGACAGUAUAUUGCUCAUAGUAAAUCAUUAUACGCGAAGAAAUACAGAUGGGGAAAUCGAAGGCAGAGAAUACGUUCAGGUUUCAGACAUUUACUGAACGAAUAGCCAGUGUAAACAUUGAUGUCAUCCACAAGAUCAGACAUCAUGAUGACACUCCAGAUGAAACUUCCACUUAUUUUUGUGAAGCAUUACAAAAAUGGUCAGAGUUGAACUGCACAGAGCAUUUUGCAAACUUUAGGAAGGAGAUAAGUGACCAAGUGCAGACAUUUACACAGCUGGUUCAUCACAAGGAAGAAAUCAUCACCGCAUUAAAGAAACACUUGGAUAUUCCUGAUAGCUUGGCACUUGGACCACUUCUGAAUUUACUGGUGCAGCUGGCCCGAGAUCUUCAGACAGACUUCUACUCUUAUUUCCAUGAAUUUUUUGACUUGUUGGUUGGUCUCCUCAGCAAAAAUGGCCAGAACCCAGAAAUUCUGGAAAGCAUUUUCUCAGCCCUGUCCUAUAUCUUCAAGUUCCUCUGGCGUUACUUAGUUAGAGACAUUAAGGAUGUAUACCAGUACUUUUCUACUCUGUUAAGAAAGAAUAAUAGAGAAUAUAUCGUGAACUUUGCUGCUGAGAGUUUUGCUUUUCUGAUGAGAAAGGUGAAAAACCAUGGAGAGUUGUUUGACUUUUUGUUCCUUACUUUAGUUGAGGCACUCGAGACUGCAGAAGGUGUGGGUCGCCUGUUAUUUGAGAUGGUUAAAGGUGUUCAGAAACAGUUUCACAGCUGUACACAAAAGACAUUCCCAGUUGUACUUAGCAAACUUGGUGAAUGUCAGGAUGGUCAAUAUGAACAGUUACCCUGGGACCUUGUGGAAGGUGCAGUCACUGAAAUGUUUGUGUCAAUGGCAAAACAUACCGACAAGAAAAACUCUUCUGAUAUAUGGAAAAUACUAAUUUCCUCAGUUGACAAUGUUUAUCAGAAUUCAACAAAAGCUGCCAAGAAAAACAAGCCAAAAAUUUCCACUCAUCUGUUGCGACUUUUACGUUUAAUGAACAUAUGGAUAAACCACAGGAAGGGAAAGAUUGUAGCAGAACCUGACACUGUGGCGCAGUGUCUGCUGACGUUACUAAGGGGAGAUUCCUUAACGGAGGAUACUGGGGGACAGCUACUGGAUGUGGUUGCUAGUCUUCUAGUUACCUGUACUGCAGUUCUACCUGUAGAAAGCACGGUCAAACUAGUCUCUAGUGUGUACAAGACAAAAUACUCUGAAAACCAUGUGUAUUCUUUCACUAGAGCUGUCCUUCAUCUCCCAGUAUUUGAGAAGGAUGUUUUGCCCUCCUUGCUACCAUACUGUCAUCAAGUGAUGUGUGGAAAUAACCACUCCUCACAGCAGCAGACAAUCCAUAUUCUGACAGAUGUCAUUCAUCAUAAAGCUCCACCCCCUUCUGAUGGCAGUCAGCUUGCUCAACUGCAGGCUUACAUGCUAGACUUUGGGGUCACUAAGAAGACAGGACUUCCAAAUCACAUUAUGACUGUGUUAAAGAACACCUCCUCCUCUGAUGCAUUGAGUGGUAGAUGUUUACCUGAAGUCUGGUCUGCAUUACAACUACUGCCCCACGUCAGACCCAUACUUGACAAGGAAGAGGCCAUCAAGAUUGUAACAGCAUUAUUCAAAAAUUGUUUGAAGAACAUCUUAUCAGAUGAUGCUCAGAUUUCCACAGAUGAAGUUUUAAACAUCAUGUACAACUGUAUCCUGGCCUUGCUUUAUAUACAAGACGAUGGAGAAAUGUUUAGCUGCAUUUCAUUGACAGAUGUCCUUUCUCUUUUGAGAUGUUUUUCUGAUCAUGUGACAGCCCUAGAGUUAACUGACCUUUACUUCACACAAGCCUCACUAGAUGGCAGCAGCAGUAUCACAUCUGAGGAUACUUUCUUACAAGUUUACCCCAUACUUGAAAAAAAUAUUUCCUCUCCUUUCUCAAAGAUCAGAAUGCUGACCCUGAGAAUUCUGUCGCAGUUCUCAUUUAGACUGCCAUCACAAGGAGAAGACGAGGCCACAGAACAGCUAGAUGUAUUCAGGAUUUGUCUUGAGGCAGAGUUAGUUCCCCUUAGCGUACAGGACUCCAGAUGGAAGCUGAUGUUUUUGCAGAGGCUGCAGUUUGACAUUGUCCAGAAGUCCAUCCCUGUGGGGCCUUUUACUUUAGUACCGUUGAAGUAUUUGAUUGGUUCUCUGCACAUUGGCUUUAAGUUGCUGUGGGAUCCUGUCACAAAACUAAUUGCUAGUCAUGCUGUGGGCCUAGAUAAAACAGUUUUCUGGGAUUUAUACAGGCUGGUUCUACAAGAUGCAGCUCAAAAGUGUGAGGAAUCUUUACACCAGACAGAUUCCACACCUAGUACAGAACAGGAGCCAAUGGAGGAAGAUGAUGAUAACAUGAGACAACUUUUUGUGAAGAGCUGUAGAUCACAUGAAAGUAUAGAAAAGCCAGACUUUGCCAACUUUAGGUUCUACCUGUGGAAGUCAAUGCAUCUGUUUCCAGACUUAUGUGAAAAGAAAAAUAGGGAUCUUGUUUCUUUGUUGUUGAACUUUAUGAGUAUGGAGUAUUACAAUGUGGAUUUGUCAGCGGCUCCCACUCAGAACUUACAGAGACAAGAGACUCAAGUGUCAUCUAAGGAGGAGGAGGAGGUGGAAGAGGAUGAAUUAGAUGAAGAGGAAGAAGAAGAAGAGGAUCAUGUGGAAACCAGGGCUCAGAGGAAAAGUAAAGAUAGAAAGAAAGGAAGAAAAGGGAGAAAGUCUGAGUCUAAGUCAGAUAUGGAAGAAGAUUUAAUGGAUGCUGAGAAAGGUGGUGAUGAGAGAAAAAGAAAAACCAAAGAGAAAGGGGGCAACACAAAGGGUGCUAGGACCAAAAGAAGGGCAGCUACUAGUGCCCUUAUUGUACAUUUGGAACUCUUCAGUAAAUUCUCCAGCCCAAAGUCCUUAUAUAGAGAAACUGAAGUCAGACAUCUGUAUGAACAGCUUUUAUUGCAUAAAAAUGGCAGAGUUCAGAAGGUGGCCUUUAGUUGCAUCAUGACCUACAAACAUAAAUUCCUAGUGCCAUACAAGGAGAAUUUUGAGAACCUGCUGAAUGAUGCCAAGUUUAAGACAGAGAUUGUUCUGUUCAGUAUUGAUCAUGAGAACAGCAUAGUGAGCCCAGAACACAGAGACCAGGUGCUGCCUAUCUUAAUGAGGAUACUUUAUGGAAAGAUGCACAGUAAGACAGGAAAGGACUCGGCAGGGAAGUCCCACAGUCAGUUCAGAAGGUCCAUAGUGUUCCGAUUCCUCAGUGGCUGCAGUGGAGAGGAAAUUAUCAAGUUUAUGGACAUGGUGUUUGAGAGCUUCAAACACUUUGUCUCUGAUGAUGCUCUGACUAUGGUGUGUAAAACAGAAAAAGAAAUUGAUCUAUCCCAAGUGAUUCCUCUGAGGAAAAUGAAUGGGGCAUUGAAUACAGUGGAUAUGAUUGUAAAGAAGUUGGGGCACCUGAUUGAGGGUUACCUCCCUUCCCUACACUGUAUCCUCUUGGGAUUAACUGCUACCUGUGUGGCCUGUCUAGAGAGAAGGGAAGGGAUAUCCCCAGGGGCCCUCAAACCCCUCAAAAACAUCAGGCAGUUAUGUAUCACUCAGAUAAUGCAGUUCUAUGAUGUGUUUGACACCUAUAAGUUUUCACCAAAAGAGAUAGAUGCCAUGUUUCAUGUUGCUGUCUGGCCACAGCUACCCAAACUUCAGUAUGAAGGAAUCUAUCACCCAACACCCCUUCUUAAACUCCUACAUAUGUGUGCAGCAAACAGGAGAUAUUUGACAUUGUUGGCAAAGUGUCAUGAUACUGACCCUGACUUGACCCCAGUAAGUGCAGUUCUUAAGCUUCUGAAUGCCAAGGAAGUAAACAAAACUGUGACCGACUUCAUCAUUGAGAUGCUUAACAACCUGUUGUUAGGGGAGGAGGAAGAGGAAGUGGAAAACCUCACCAUGGCAACACCAGUCAAGGUCAACAAAAUGGUGCAAAUAAAUGUAUCAGAAAUAGGACAGUUUGGAGCAGAACUACUGAAACCACAUGUGUCAGAUAUCUUGACAUACCUACAGAAGGCUAUAAAAAGUAUCAAAGGUCAUGGUAAAAGGUCACAAACAGCAGGAAAAGAGUUGUCUAUUUUGUCAAGAAUCAGUGAAUUUGUAACUGACCAAUCAGAAUGCCUGGCAUUGAUAGAUUUGCUUCUCCCAUUUCUUGGGGAGGGGCUUAGUAGACUACCUGACACUGAGGUCAACAUUCUGACCAGUAUCAGGAACCUGGUGGACAAAGUCAAGGACAAGAAAAAGUUCUACAGAUCAUUCUGCCAGCUAUUUGGUUACAUUCAGAAUCGCCAGUCCAGAAUUCUGCUUUGCCAACUAAUUCAGGUUAUUGCAGAGAAUAAUGAAGAAUUACAAGAGAUAGCACAGCUUUUAUCAGAGUUAAAUGCCUGGGACCCCAAACACACAGAGGAGCCAGAUUACAUGAAAAGACUGAAUGCUCACAAGAAAGUUAAUGAGGCCAUCAAAGGGAUGGAGGAUGAAUUAGAUGUGGACUUCCUGCUUCCUGUUCUCCAUUCUUGUUGCUAUUGCAUCAAAAAUAUAGAUGAUAUGUCAUUGAGGGAUAAUGCCACCCACACACUGGUUACCAUGGUGAAGCAAUUCAGUCGUCUGACCUAUGACCAGGAUGUUUUCAGAGAUCUGAUUUCUAAUGGACUUAUUCAUGAAGUCAAAGCAGGCUUUAGGAACAAAAAAGAGCAUGUGCGACAUGAGUUCAUUGCUGUUCUAUCUGUACUGGUGGAUACAUUCCCAUCACAUGACAUGUUUGCUGACCUUGUGAUUCUCAAGGACAAAGACGUAGAGGCUGAUUUCUUUGAAAAUAUACGGCACAUCCAGACACACAGACGAUCGAGAGCAUUAAAAAAGAUGAACAGGACAUUACAGUCUCGAUCUGUUCGUAAAGAGAUCCUGGUCUCUUAUUUACUUCCCCUAACCUCUUCCUUCCUGCUUGAUGAGACUUUUACAAAAGCCCAGGGUCUGCAAGAAAGUGCCAUAGAUGCCAUGGGAGUUCUGUGUAAACAACUACCUUGGCAUGUUUAUAUAAAUCAGCUGAAAUACUUUCUGUCCUUGUUGUCAAAGAAGUUUGAGAAGAAAAAACUCUUGGUCAGGGUGAUUGUUGGUAUUCUGGAUGCAUUCCACUUUGACCUCAGAAAUUCUCAACAUUCUGUGAACAAUUUACCAGAUUCUGUUGCAAAGAAAAAAGCUAAAGGGGAAAUAACAGAGGAGCCAAAUCCUUUUGAAAAUGAAGAACAAGAAGCAGAAAACACAGAGGAAACUGUAGAUGCAAUACCCACAGUUCCAGAGGAAACUGAUGAAACCAUGGAAACAAACUCUGGCUCUCAAACAAAACAGUUUGAUUCCAUUGUGAUAUGUUCAGUUGGUCAGGCCACUAGAAUUCACUGUACCAUAAUGAAGUCAGUUAUCCCUAGCUUACAGAGAUGUCUUACAAAGAAGGAGAAGAAUGAAGAUGAACACAAGCUGGCUAGGAAUAAUUUGGCAGAGGACAGUGAAGUACUGAGAGUGCCUAUAGCUCUAGCUAUGAUAAAAUUGUUACAGAAUCUUCCUCAUAAAUCACUGGAGCGGAACCUUCCAGGAAUCCUGUUGAAAGUGUGUAAUUUUAUGAAGUCUAGAGCUGUGGACAUCAGAAACACUGCUAGGGAUACACUAGUGAAGAUUACCACUUCCCUUGGACCAAGAUUUUUUCCAUACAUUUUGUCAGAACUUAGAGGAACAUUGAGGAAAGGGUAUCAGGUCCAUGUUCUGUGCUACACUGUUCAUGUGCUGCUUAAGAAUUUGUUGCCUGUGCUUAAACCAGGAGAACUAGAUGUUUGCAGGAAGAGUCUUCAAGAUGUUUUCCAUGAAGAUUUAUUUGGACAAGUGGCAGAAGAGAAGGAGGUUGCUGGUGUUACUAGUAAACUGUUUGAGGCCAGGUCUAUGAAGAGUUACGACUCGUACAAAAUACUAGCUCAAGUCAUCAGUAAAGAAUCACUCAUGGCAUUCAUCACUCCACUGAAAGAGGUUCUUGAUUCUACACACAGCCACACUGUAGCAAGAAAGGUACAGGAAGUCCUAAAGAAAGUGGUGACAGGAUUACUGGACAACCCAGGUCUGGAUACAGAGUCUCUGAUGAUAUUUACCCAUGGAUUAAUCACUCAGUCAUUUCCACAACUAUCUGACAAACAGAGCAAGCAGAAGAAAACUGAAGAAAAGGAGACCCAGUCCUUUAGACCUUCAAGUUGUCUCCUGUUACCAGAGGAACCCAAGCGUGGAGGUGACAAACCCAAACUGAGUAAGAAGACGAACAUCCAUGUCUUGGUGGAGUUUGGUCUCCAGCUUCUGUGUCUGUGUCUAAAGAGAGGCCGCUUGGUGGCAACAGAGGAAAACCACUGUAAAUUAGUGGACCCUUUUAUCACCAUCUUAGUAGACUGUCUGCAUUCUAAGCAUAUCAGGAUUAACACCUUAAGUCUGAGAUGUUUGUGUUGGUUACUGAAAUUCAAAUUACCAUCUGUGGAUGAUAACAUCAGGAAACUGGCCAAUGGAAUGUUUGUUAUUCUGAAAAAUUAUGCCUCAGCAGGUGCUUCUAAGGGAGAGAACUUAGAGCUAAUUUCUAUGGCAUUUAAGGCUGUGACGGUAUUGGUAAGAGAUGUGAAGAUUUACAAACUGAAUCAAACACAACUCCAAGUUCUGUUGACUUUCUGUGAAGAAGACUUGUAUGAUUACAACAGACAGAGCACUGCCUUCUCUCUUUUAAAGGCCAUAUUGUCUAGGAAGUUGAACGUCCCAGAAGUGUUGGAGUUGAUAAAGAAGGUGGAGGGUAUGUCCAUCACAGCUGACUCUCCCCAUGUCAGGAGGGAGUGUAGACAGAUAGCCCUGCAGUACAUCCUGGAAUAUCCCCUGGGAAAGCUCCUUGAUAAACACCUGGAGUUUUAUGUCACACAGUUGUCUUAUGAGAUGGAGAUGGGACGCGAAUCUGCUUUGGAAAUGUUGGCCACUAUAUUUUCUUCAUUUCCUCAGAACAUCUUGAAUGAUCAUGCAGGAAUGUUCUUUAUACCUAUGUCUGCAGCUCUUGUUAAUGAUGAAUCCACAAAGUGUAGAAAACUCACAGCACUUGCCAUCAAAUCGCUUUUGCAAAAGAUAGAUCACAAUUCAAGAAAGGAACUCUUUAACAUCACCCAAAGAUGGUUUACCGAUGACAAGAUAAACCAUCGGAUCCUUGCCGCUCAGCUGACUGGUCUAUUUAUAGAAGUAGAGUCCACAAAGUUUACACACCACUUGUCUGUGUUAUUACCUUUAAUUCAACAGCAGACAGACCCAGGGAGAUAUGAAGAAAAUCCCCUGAGUUCUGAUGGAGAAACAGAGAAAGAUAGACUACUUUUCAACUGUUUAAAUACACUCCUCAAGCUACUGAGGGAAUGUGACAUAAUCAGGGAUGUUAAAUGGAUGGAAGAAAUGAAUAUCAUAUGGGAAUAUGUUGUGAGUCAUUUGGGAUAUGAACAUAUGUGGGUGCAGUUGGCAUCCUGCCAACUGAUUGGUCUGUUGUUUGCUGCAUGGACUCCAGAGGAAAUUGUACAGCCCUCCUCUAGUUCUGCUAAGCGUGAUUUCAUUAAAACGGACUCCAUUAAAAAGUUGGAGAGUCUGGCAUUGGACCUGAUAUCACAGCUUCAGUCACAGUAUUUAACAGAAGAAUUAGCCAAUCAAAUCAUCAAAAACAUGGUGUUCAUUGCCAAGGUAGCCAAGCUUCUCUCUGACAGAGAGAGUUUUAGUGACUCUGUAGAAAAAGAAAAUAGUGGAACAAAGGACAAAAAGUGUCUUUCAUUGCAAUGGUUAAUCAAGAAAAUGAUAAGGGAAGCAAACCACGAGGCAGUGAACCAACCAAAAACUACAAUAAAGAGAUGUAGUGUAUUUAAGUGGGUGGCAGCUGUCAGUAUGGACCUCGGUCCUACACUUCUCCCCAGUGUUGUUCCAGUCAUGAUGCCAGCUCUACAAAGGGAGACAAAUGAGAAUAAUCCAAAUACUGAUUCAUCACUUAAAAGACUUGCACAGGAAGUGUUGGAUAUACUCAAGAAGAUCCUUGGCGUGGAAACAUACACCCAGCUUUUUGCAAAAACUCACAAAGAGCAGUUCGACAGAAAGGAAACAAGAAAAAGAAAAGAUGCCGUUGAGGCGGUCUCUAAUCCACAAUAUGCAGCUAAAAAGAAGAUGAAGAAAAACUUGGCAAAAAGAGAGGCAAAGAAGAGGAAGAUAGAGGAAUACCGUGUGUCUAAGAAAAUAAAGAAACGAAAAAUAAAAGACUUUGCUAUUACAUCUUGAAAAUUGACUCUGUGAUACAUGAAAAUGAAAAUUAUUUGAAUUCAUUUUUACCAUUAUUUUGUCAUACAUGUAAAUGUACAAUAUUAUGUUUCUGCAUUUUAGCUCAUCAUAAAUCAUGAUUUGAUCUGGAGCUGCAAAUACUUGUUCUUAUUGUUAGCUGAUGUUAAUAAACCCAUGUGUUAGCAAAGCUGACA